CGGUUUUCCGACGACCACAAUCAUCGAUUUUGAAUGCGCGCGAGAGUCAGCGAACACUAUAUAUGCUAGCCACCACACCCUCUGCUUGCUAGCAAAUCGGAACACCUCUUCCAUCUUUAUUGAUCUGACCAAGGGAGACUCUUGUAGGAAAAUCACCAUGCUGCCAACAAGUUUGCCUCUGCUGAGCAAAGGUGGUCAUGCAACACACUGCAAAAGAUGCUUGUCCGGCUUGCCAUCUUCCCAAGUGGAUAUUGAUCCGGCCAAGCUUGCCCUGUCCUUUUACUGCCUAGGCUCCCUAGAUGUUUCGGGUGAACUCGAAAAGAAAACUAGGGAUUGGGAAAGAGAACAAUGGAGGGAAUGGAUAUGGAGUCAACAGACUCGUGAGCCAGUUCUGAAAUCCAAGUGUGUUGGAGAAUUGAGCCAGUCACCAGGCGGACAUUAUGGGACUGGCUUCCGAGCGAGCUCUUAUAUGACUACGAAACACUCGACAGAGGAAUAUUCGGGCCAUGAUAACCCUCAGAUCAUCAUGACUUAUACUGCCCUUCUCUCCCUGUCCAUAUUGCGCGACGACUUUUCACGUCUUGACAGGAAGGGCCUCCUGAAAUUCCUUAGGUCCUGUCAGAAUAUCGAUGGAAGUUUUUCUUCUGAGCCUUUAGGGGGUGACUCUGAUCUACGCACGACGUUCUGUGCUUUCGCCAUCAGCACCAUGCUUGACGACUGGUCAGGGAUGGACGUUGCAAAUGCUCUCCAGUUCAUCUGUUCGUGCCGAUCAUAUGAAGGAGGCUAUGGGCAAUCACCGUUUGGGGAGGCUCUAGGCGGCACUACGUAUUGUGCACUGGCAGCACUCCAGUUAGCUACUAAACAACUAGAUCCUCUUUCCCUUCAAGAUCGACAGAAAACCAUUCGGUGGCUUGUACAAAAUCAAGCAUCUAAUGGCGGGUUUAGUGGAAGGACCAACAAGGACGCUGAUGCAUGUUAUUGUUUCUGGUGCGGCGCAUCGCUGCAUGUGUUAAAUGCAGGCGAUCUGAUUGACAAAGCAGCAAUGACAUCUUUUAUAGCUUCCUGCCAAUUCAAAUACGGCGGAAUUGCAAAGAUUCCCGGCGAGCACCCUGGUACGCCAUUUUCAAAUCCUUUGACUUUGCAGCAAACGCUGUCCUAGAUCCUUAUCACACAUACCUCUCACUGGCAGCGGUGGCGUUACUCCCACCCAAUUCGUCAGAAGGAACAUCGUGGGCACUUUGUCCUCUAGAUCCUCUAUUGAACGCGACGGACCAGACGUCCUCGUGGGCUAGAGCACAUAUUCCAGCACCUAAAGUUGACGGUAAUGUAGGCAUAUAGGCGCGCGCUGAAUUAUGUCGAAGAAUUAGACAGCUGGUCUGGAUAAGCACCCGAUUAUAACAUUUCACUGACUAUCUUCGAAGUGUUUGUAUGGAACAUUGCCUCAUGCCAUUGUUACGUGUACCGU